GAGACCACAUCCAGUUCAGAGUUCGCAUUCCUUGAGUGCAUUGCGAAGAUCUCUGCAGGAGCCUUCUCUCCCCUGACGUGGCCUCAGAUGACGUCGCUCAGAGUCGAGCCGUAGAAGGGUUCCUCACCUGCAGGAAAACACCGAAGAAACGUGGGAAGUUUCCCCAUUCAGAAACAACUCCAGCUGCGAUGCAUUUCCAAAUCAAACACCUACUGCGGCUGAAUCAGUGCGCGUCAGUUCAGCGCGAGAGGAGCCUCGGGAGGAAACUGUGGACUGUCUCAGCUGCAGCUCAACAACAACAACGUGGUGUGAGAGCUGCAGGGUCGCAUGCAUCUGCAGACCUGAACAAGUAUUUCGCCCUGCAGUGCUGCAGAAAGUAUGCAUCCGACACCGCGUACAGCCGAGCCUUCGCCUCGGCCAGGGACAACCCCGAGACUUUCUGGGGUGAGGUGGGACUGGAUAUUAACUGGUUUGAGCCGUGGACUAAAACUUUGCACGUUGAGGAUCCAGUGUUUCCAAACUGGUUUGUCGGAGGGAAGCUGAACGUCUGCUACAAUGCUGUGGACCGACACGUAGAGAGCGGCCGUGGAGAGCAGCCUGCCAUCAUCUAUGACAGCCCAGUGACUGGAACUAAACAAAUCAUCACUUUCAGGGAACUUCAGGACCAGGUUUCCAGGUUAGCAGGAGUCCUGGUGAAGAACGGGGUACGGAAAGGAGAUCUGGUAGUCAUCUACAUGCCCAUGGUGCCGCAGGCCAUGUUCACCAUGUUGGCCUGUGCACGGAUCGGUGCACCGCACAGCCUUAUCUUUGGUGGCUUUGCUUCAAAAGAGCUCUCUGUCCGCAUCGAUCAUGCCAAGCCCAAGCUGAUGGUUACAGCCUCAUUUGGCAUCGAGCCAGGCAGGAGAGUGGAGUACAUCCCUCUGGUGAAGAAGGCCUUGGAGCUGAGCUCUCACAGACCCUCGAAAGUCCUCAUCUACAACAGGCCUAACAUGGAAAAAGUAUCAUUGGGACCUGAGUUGAGUUUGGACUGGGAGGAAGAGAUGGCCACUGCUCGGCCGCAUGACUGUGUUUCUGUUCCCUCCAACCACCCUCUCUACGUCCUCUAUACAUCUGGAACCACUGGAACGCCAAAGGGUGUUGUGCGAGACACUGCAGGCUAUGCUGUGAUGCUGAAAUGGACCAUGUCAAAUAUUUAUGGACUCCGUCCUGGAGAUGUUUGGUGGGCAGCGUCAGAUCUCGGCUGGGUAGUCGGCCACUCAUACAUCUGCUAUGGUCCUCUGCUCCAUGGUAACAGCACAGUACUCUAUGAGGGUAAGCCUGUGGGGACUCCAGAUGCAGGGGCGUUCUUCCGUGUCCUAUCUGAACACGGAGCCUCCUCCAUGUUCACAGCACCCACCGCCAUCCGAGCCAUUCGCCAGCAGGACCCACAUGCUGAAGUUGGGAAAAAAUACCCCCUGUCCAGGUUGCAGUCGUUAUUUCUGGCAGGUGAGCGCUGUGAUGUGGAGACGCUGGAAUGGGCAAAGAGGAGCUUUGGGGUUCCUGUCCUGGAUCACUGGUGGCAGACUGAAACCGGCUCGGCCAUCACCUCCUCAUGCAUUGGUCUGGGGAACUCACUCACGCCACCUGCAGGCCAGGCUGGUAAACCUGUUCCAGGUUACAAUGUCACAGUGAUCAAUGAUGACAUGCAGGAGGUGAAGCCAAGAACCCUGGGAAAUAUCGUGGUGAGACUACCUUUACCACCUGGUGCGGCAUUGUCACUGUGGCAGAACCGCAGUCUGUUCAAGGAGCUCUACUUCACUAAGUUCCCAGGUUACUAUGACACCAUGGAUGCAGGUUUUGUGGACGAGGAGGGCUUCCUUUACAUCAUGUCCCGCUCUGAUGAUGUCAUCAACGUGGCAGGCCACAGGUUGUCUGCUGGAGCACUGGAGGAGUCCGUGCUGCAGCACCCUGCGGUGGGAGACUGUGCUGUGGUGGGUCUAGAGGACACUCUGAAGGGUGUGGUUCCCCUGGCCCUGUGUGUGCUCAAGAACGGUGUGCACAAAAAUCAAGAGGAGAUCACAAACGAGAUGGUGAAGCUUGUGAGAGACAACAUCGGACCAGUGGCUGCCUUUAGGAAAGUGCUUUUUGUCCGAGGAUUGCCGAAGACGCGUUCGGGCAAGAUCCCUCGCUCCUCUUUAGCCAACCUGGUCAACGGCAAACCCUACAAGGUUACUCCAACCAUCGAGGACCCAGAAGUUUUCAAGGACAUUGAGAGACAGGUUGAAAAAACCCUGAGACCUCGCAGAGGCUGAACUUACCUGUAGGAUGACCAGAAGAAACUGAGGUUGGAUACAUUCCGUCAACACAAACUAAAACUCACUCAACAAGAAGUGUGCUUUUACUAUGAAAUGGGGGGUCGCCAAUAUGAACUAAAAGUAAAAGUAAAAUUUGUGAUUAUUUUUCUUCUAAGUCAAGCUAGAGAGAAACAUUGAUGUCAGUACUUCUUACAGGGCUAAUGUUUCCGUCUGUAAUAAUGAAAUGAACAGUCAAUUUUUAUGUAUGUAAUCUGAAUAAUACUGUGAAACUGUAUUUAACUACAGGCUUUGUACAUUUACAAUUGAUAAGCAGGGCAAGUUACAACCAAUGUACAAAAUGUUGCCCUGGUGCUGUUAACAGUUUGAAUUUUUAAUGAAAAAUAAUGAAGACCACCCAUUCACUGACAGUAGUUUUUUUUAUUGACAAUGAAAAUUUGCUUGCUCACCACUUAGUUUUGACCAAAGUACAAGAAGUAAUAAAUAAAAAAAUGGACAAAAUAAAAUGACUCAUUGUUCGUGCAAAUUGAAGAUGUAAAAACAAAUCAAAAGCGUAAGACUUGUUUGAGUCGUCCAUCAGAAAUAACUAAAAGACAGAUAACAGGGCUGUACAAUAGGUUACCCUGGAAACUCUGACGGAAACAAAGAGUCAACAGUUACACCAAUGUAAGUCACAGCAAGCAACAGGUUUGUCAUUAAAUGUCACCUCACUUCAACAUGGUCAUAUACACUCUACGCACACUAUGAGCUAAAGCGGUCUGUCUUUCAGUUAUUUCAUCUGUUCUGUUUAAGUGUCUGAGGGGUCGGGGGAGAAGGCCAGCUCGGCUGAGUGUGUGUAGUUGUCCUUUUUGUGUUAAUGUAUCGCCUGACAAAACAUACAGUACAACAAGUGACAGGUUCUAUGAAUGACGUCCUGCUUUUUUGUUCUCUGAGAAGUUGUUUUGUGCGACUUCGGAGAGCAAUGGCGUCUCUUUGUUUUCGUCCUUGGCUACUAAAUAGUCCGUUGAGUUGAUGCGGUUGUAUCAAAGUGCUUGUCAUGUCGUUCCAGUGCGCCGACAUGUCCCCUUAAAACGCUCCUGUUAUGACAGCGAGUCCAUAAGAAAGGAUAAUGUAGUUUGUUGGGGCUCAUGGUGGUUUUUUUUGGACACCACUAGAGGGCAGGUUUUCACACGACAUCCAGUCUCGUCCUCUCUCUAUGGUGCAGGUUUAUCAUCAUCAUCAUCAUCAGCAGCACAAUGAAAAAAUAAAACCAUAUGUACAAAAUGAUCUAGAGAGGGCGGGGUAAUAUGGAGACAGUUUAAAGAGCAGCAUAUAUUAAUCUAUGGUCCACUAAAUGAGGUGGCAGGGACGUUUUUUUUUUUUU